AUGAGCGCAGCAUCUGUCUCAGUUUCGCGAUGGGACCGAGGGACUCACGUUGUCCAACGCCAUGCCUUGAGCCAUCUGUUCCUCGACAUCUUCGGCCUAGUCAAAAUUGUCGGGCUUCAUGCUCAGUUCCUCCUUCAUGUCGUCCGCCCAGUCGAAUUGGGACGGCCGGAGGAGGUCGUCAACGGUGGGGUCCUGCAGUACGCGAGCCGGUAUCAUCUCAUCAACAAAUCUGAGUUGAAGGAUGGCACGAACAGUGUCGAGGAGGACAGGCAGGAGGCGCUCGGGAUCCUCCUGCAGCCCUUCGAGUCGGUUCAGCACCGCCGCCUCGGUUUCGCAGUAAUAGUCUUGGCUGCUACCGUAGGCCGCGGUGCCACCGAAGUCCUCCUCAGCGGGGGCGAAAGACUCUUCGAGGUCAUCGCUGUACUCAGUGUAGUCUGA